CUGCUUGAAUUCCUGGCACAUCUUUUGGCCGAUGGGGACCUGGAUUCACCAGGGAAAUACUCAGUAGGAAAGCACCACCGACUCAGAACCAUGGUACCUGGGUUCAGGCCUGGCCACCUGGAGUGUCCAGCAGGUGUUGGAAAUGAGAGGGGUGGGGUGGUCUUGGCAGAGAUGUCACUGGUCUGAGGGGGGCUUGGUGGGUGCCUGCCAUCCUGAGAGGUGUGUACCUGGAAGCAGCCCCAGGGAAAAGAAGCCAAGGCCUGGGGUCUGGGCCACGACGGUUCCUGACCCCUUGUGGGCUGGCUGGCAGGGGUCAGCCCUUACCGGUGUGCUGUGGUGUCUGCCCAUGUUCCACCCCCAGGAUUUCAGAAGUCCCGCCGUUUUCGUUCUGGCCAGGGCUCAGGCUGCCUCCCCAGCCACUUAGGUUGUGGCUGCAGCCCAGCCCAUGCACCCUGUGGGGUCACCACCACCCCAGGUUCCUCCACCAGGGGCUCGGAGGUGGAGGGUUCCUGAAGAGGUGUUGGAAGGCAAGUCCGGUCCCGAUGCCCUGCCCUCGGCCGCCCUGGCUCCGCCGCCCCCGGGCCCCUCAGGGCCCGGGCCCCGGCUCCCCGGGUAGGGGGGAGGACGAGGAGGAGGAGGACGGCAGCCCAGGCUCGGGCCCCAUUCUGUCCCCCGCGUCCCCAGUGGAGUGCCUCAUCUGCGUGUCGCCCUUCGACGGCGUGUUCAAGCUGCCCAAGCGCCUGGACUGCGGCCACGUCUUCUGCCUCGAGUGCCUGGCUCGCCUGUCUCUCGCCACAGCCGGCGGCGGCGACCCGGUAGCCUGCCCGGUGUGCCGCGCACCCACGAGCCUGGCCCCGCGCGGCGGGCUGCCCGCGCUGCCCACGCAGGCCGGCCUGCUGCCCCGCGCCGCGUGCGCGCCCCUGCCGCGCCAGGGCUCUGUGCGCUUCGACCGCCGCCGCGGGCUCCUCUACGUGCGCGCGCCGCCCCCGCCCGGGCCGCGCAAGAGUCGCGCCGCGCGCCCACCGCCGCCCCCGCCGCUGCGCCUCGGCCGCCCGCUGUCGCGCCGCCGGACGCUGGCCAGCCCCGCCUGGCUUUUCAACGCGGCCGUGGCGCUGGCUGCGCUGGUGGCCGCGGGCCUCGUCGUUUCUGGCGUCUACAUCUUCUUCCUCAUCCCGCACGCCGCCUCCUCCGGCCCCGCGCGACCCCAGCUCGUGGCGCUCGCCCCGGCGCACGGCUUCUCCUGGUUCCCGCCGCGGCCCACGCCCGGGGCGCCCUGGACCCCCGCCUGGACGCCGCUCCCCGCGGGCCCUGACCUGGACGCCGCCCGGCCAGGGGCUGCGGAGAACGCGCUGGAGGCCGAGGGGGGCACCGAGGACCCAGCGGAGGACGAGGGGGCGCAGGCCAGGCCCUCGGACCAGAGGCUGGAUCCAGCUGGGACCCGCGGGCACGAGGCGUGAGGAGGGUGUGGUCGCCGCAGUAAACGCAUCUGGCUGCAGGCCCUGUCCCCAGCCCUGGGGACCUCGGUGUCGUCCUGGUGGGGUGACCUGCUGGGACCACUCGCCAUGAUCCCCGUGCAGACCUUAGCAGGGCACAUGGCAAGCAGCCAUUUCUCCAGAGGGAGGCUUGGCGGGAUCAUUCCCGCACCAUCACCCCGGGGCAGGGACCCUCUCAAGGAGCAACCCUACCGUCAUUCCUACAGGGACCCUCUGGGAGCACCCCGACCCCUGGCCCCGUGGGCAUCUGGCUGAGGGUGCACUGACCCCCAUCUUUGUAAAGGUCCUGCUGGGAGGUGCUCCUAAACCUGGUGUCCAGGAGGGCCCAAUUAGGAGUACCCUUGAUCCUCAUCCCCCGUGGGAACCCAGCUGGGGAGCCCCCGACCCACUUUGCAGAGCCCUACUAGGAGCAACUCCCAGCCCUGAUCCUCACAGGGUCCUCCUGAGUGCCCCCGCCCCGGUCAUCAUGAGAGCCCGGAGGAGCAUCCUCAGCUGGCACCAGGGGCUGAAGGCUCUGAUGUGCUCAUCCUUUGGGCUCACGGCGGGUGGCUGGGGCCCCAUCUUUGGAGGGCAGAGCUGCUGCUAUUUUCCUGACCACACCCCCUGACUGGUCCACUGCAGGGCUGAUUCCCCCAGGCUGUGGAGUUUGUUUUUCACUCUGCUGCCUGCAGGCCGGGGCUGGGUGUGAUCCAGCUGUGUCCAUGCUGGUCCUGGGGUGCUGCCCUGCACCUGGCUGGGGCUCGGAGGGGCAGAGGUGGCCUGGCCAGGGCUAAGGAGGGACAGACAGGGCCUGAGCCUCAAAGACUGGCUCCCACCUGAGUGCUGAGUGCCAACUUGCAAUGGGAGCCUCGACUUCCCCUUUGGGUCAUGGCUUCUGGGGUCCUAUUUGCUGUGGGCAGUUGUGGUCACCAAGGCUCAAAGAGGCCAAGGUUGCCAUCUGGGUCAGACAGCGUCAUGUGAUUUGGGGAGUGUUGCUCCUGGACCUCCCUGGCCUGCUGGAGGGAUCCUGGCCCCUCUCCCUAGCUGCUAGAGCCCUCAUCACUCUCAUCUUCAUUCAUUAAUUUCUCACGACAGUUACCUCCUCCAGCGCUCCACCAGCCUCUUGUGGCAUCCCUGUUGUUCCCCCAGGUGAAGCUUCAGCCUUCCCUGUAGAGAGCAGCCUUUGGGGAGGGCAGCUCUUGGAUUCCUGUCCUCCUGUCAGAAGCCUUCCUGGGUUAGUCAUACUGGAGUAGAAAGCAGCCACUCUCUGCACAAACUGAACAUGGGCCCCUAUCUCCCCCCAGGCCCUGGAGUCCCCUUUGCCUCACUGUGCCCAGGGUUGGGGUGCUGUGUGUUUUGAGUGGGCACCCAGCAUUUUCCAGAAAGAAAUGGACUUCUAUGGGGCCAGAAGCUCCGGUUUGAUUUGUUUACAUGUGUGUCCUCAGCGCCUGGCACACGUUGGGUGUCAAAUAGCUUUCUGGGGAGUGACAGCAUUACAGGUGACCAAGAGGCAGCCCGAGAAUGCCUGUGGGCAACCUAGGCUCACCCAGCUCCUGGGCAUGUGAGUGGAGUUCCCGAUGCCAGCUGUUGCUUCCAGGUGGGAAGCUGGAGGAGGAACAUCAGGGCAUCCAAAGGAGUGUCUUCCCCAACCAGUUCUUGUCCCACACCCGGGUGCUGAUGUCACCCACAGGGACUGGGGCGAGUGUGCUGGGUCACUGGGCAGCCACAGCCUAGCCCCACAGGGAGGGAACUUGGUUGGGCAGGAGCAGAGUUGGCAGUCUGUAUUAGUUUUCUCUGGUUGCUGCAAUAAAUUACCACCAACUCACUUCCUAAGAACAACACACAUUAAUUAUCUUCCUGUUCUGCAGGCCAGAAGUUUUGAAAUCAGUUUCACCAGGCUAAAGUCGAGGCGUCUGCUGGGCUAGUUCCUUCUGGAGGCUCUAGGAGAGAAUUCAUUUCCUUAGCUUUUCCAACAUUUAGAGCUGCAUUCCGUGGCUCCUUCCUGUCUUCAAAGGCAGCAGCGUAGCAUGGUCAAAUCUCUUGACUCUCCUGCUUCCCUCUUUCACUUAUAAGGACACUUUGAUUACACUGAGCCCACCUGGAUAAUCCAGGAUGAUCCCAAAGCUCAACAUCCUUAGUUUAAUCACAUCUGCUAAAUCCGUUUUGCCACGUAAGGUAACAGAUUCACAGAUUCCAGGGAUUAGGAUCUGGAUAUCUCCGGGGGCCAUUAUUCAGCUUACCAUAGGGGUUCAGAUAUCCCCCUCCUCAUCUCUUCUCUCCUCUACUCCAGGCUGGGGGAGAGGGCAGGAGUAGGCCAGGCAGGGAUGGGCCCAGUGAGGGAGGUCAGAAAAGGGCCCUCAACUGGCGGUACACAGAAGAGGGAGACAAUGCUGUCUGCCUAAGCGUAUUCAAGGAAGGCUGCCUGGAGGAAGAGAUCUCAAAGCUGUGUCUCUAAGGAUGCUCAGGGGAAACAACAGCUGGCAUUAAGGCAGGGCUACCUGGGGCAGCAAGGUGGUGGCUGAGGGCAGUGGGCAGGGCUGGCCCCUCCUUCCUUGUCCUAACCAGCUUCCUCCUAGGGGCUACAGGGAAGUAUGGCUUCUCCAACCUCCCAGCUGGGAGCCUGAGGCCUCAGUCUCUCCUCUUAUAAAGGGAGGCUGAUGGCAGAGCGUGUUGCUGAGCAUCCCUGUCUGCUGAUUACUACCUCAAUGCCUGUCUGCCCACUGUCCCCGAACAAAGGGGCUGCCCGAAACCACCCUGGGCCAGGAUCAUGGGGAGUCCUCCACACCGUGGCCUACUAGCCUCUGUGGCCACCCGCCCAGCCCUCCCUCUGGCCACUCCAUCCCUGCUGGACUUCCCCCCUCACCUGUCCCAGGCUUCCUCUUCCCCCCAGGCCCUGGUGGCUGUAAACACAGUGUGGGGAGGGGCGGCCUGGUGUGUGUGUGUGUGUGUGCGCGUGCGCGGGCCAGACUUUUGUCCUCUCUUCUGUAAAAUGGGCGACAAUAAACACUCUACUUGCAGGGAGAAUUCAUUAAUCCACAAGUUAUUUAUUGAGCGCCUGUCGUGUACCGAGGGAUCACUGGGGGCGCCUCGGGUACAAGGAGGGACCUCACAUGGCAGACGAGGUCCAGACGGCUGAGCAGAGGAGCCAUCAUACUGGCCGCACUGCCUCCCCCGCCACGCUCCUGGGGGCCCCGGCUCCCCAAACUUUUCUCGGUCCUCCCUAGCUCUCCUCCCCUCGCCCCUGGAGAGGCGCCAGGUGCUCUGUUCUAGGGCAUCCGGCCAGUCUCUCGCACUAUGGUCAGGGAGGCCCCUGCCCACACCACCCCCGUCCUGGGCCAUCGGGCAUCCUCUUGUGCUCAGGCCGAGAGAACAAGGGCCACGGAGGGCCUCGCUGGACCCUGGGAGCGGCAGUGUCCAGAUUGACAGACGGGAAAACUGAGGCUGGCGGGCUGCGCCGGGCGUGGAUUCGAAGCCGGAACAGAGAGCCUUCUGCAAAACCCCUUCUCCCCUCAACUGCACGCCCUGGACAGGCAGUCUCGGUUUUCCCUGGUCCCCGGCCCCGCAGCCGCAGUUCUCCCCUCCUUCUUAGUUCUCAGCUCCAUCCUUCGCGCCCUCCUUCCUCGCCAUGGCGCACCAGGCAGGGAACCCGAGGAGGAAGCGCGGACCAAUCCGAGGCCGCAUCGGGCUGGGGGCGGGACUGUCAUUGC